AUGGGAGAACAAUUUGUUCCUGUUUCGUCUACAUCUCUUAGGAAUUCUAUUUCCUUUGCAGACAUGGUCAAAGGUAAACAAAUACAGAAUCAUUCUAUUAUUGAUAUUAGCAGUUUACCAAAUCCUGUUUUUCAUGAUGAUAAACCCUAUGUGGAAAUCCCGUUAGAUUUUUUUCAAGAAGGGUGUGCGGCUUGGAAUUUCAGUCUCAUUGGUAGACUGGAUUUUAGGGUUUCUCGCUUUACUGAUGUUAAGAAAUCUUUGGAAGACCAAUGGAGUUUAGAUCCAGGAAGGGUCAAGUUUACGCCUAUGAAUAAGGGUUUCUUUAUUAUCAAGUUUUUAACUGAGGAAGAUAAACUAAAAAUCCGUGAGAAAACAUGGAAAAUCGAUCAACAAGAGUUACAUCUUCGUGACUGGUUUCCAUGGUUUGAUCCGGAUAAAGAAAGUUCUUCUCAUGCUGCUGUUUGGGUUAAUUUUCCUGGAUUAUAUGUUGAAUUGUGGACGGAAAAAGUGUUGUUAUCUCUUGGAAAACACCUAGGCACUCCCAUUAUGGUAGAUAAGAAGACCUUGAAUCAUGAGUAUGGUUGUUAUGCAGCUGUUUUAAUUGAUAUUGAUUUCACAAAGAAAGUUCCAGAUUCCAUUCAUGUAACAGUGGAUGGAAGAAGUUUCGAUCAGUUUGUUGAACUUCAAAAAAUUCCUAAAUUUUGCUCAUGUUGCAGAAUUGUGGGUCAUGUUGAAUCUGAUUGUAGGAGAAAAACUAAGAAGAAUCCUUUGGAUAAUCCUGCUAAAAGUAAUCUGAAGUGGCACCCAGUUAACAAGACGAUGCGAGAAGCUAAGGUGCCUGAAGAUACUAAUGUGCUGGGAGUUAAUCAGAAUUCUGUUGAUAAUAAUUCAGUUCCGUUGUUUGAUGUUAUUGGUGUUUCUGACUCUGCAGCUAAUCAAUGGAAAUUGGUUAGUGGAAAGGCGAACAACACCACUCAUGUGGAUGAUGUAUUCACCACUGAAGUUGUUAUGCACCGAAACAAAUUUGAUAUCCUUGAGAGUGAAUUAGGUCUGGAGAUCACAUACCAUGCAAAUCCUGUGACAACGGAGGACAGUGAGAUGGAGCAGUUUUCAGAUGAUGGAGCUGUGGACAAUGAUAUUUUGGAAAGUUGGAAAGCUAAAAGAGUAGCUCGAAGGGCUGAAAAAAUUCUUGCUGAGCAUAAGUCUGACCUAGACAAUGAUCAGGUUAAUUUGGAGAAUACUGGGAAUGAUGUAGUUUACUCUGACGGUGUUUUGAGGGAGAAUAAGUCUGGGCUGAGUUCUACUUUGAAGUAUACAGAACCGAGCAAGGCUAUUGGACCUACAACAAACUCUACGGACCAGGUUUUUGAAAAGGGAAAACAUGAAGAUAUUUUGAGGGAGCAGCAGGAGGUACGUGCCAAGGCAAAAUCUAAAGGUAGUUCGAAUAUUGCUGAGCACAAUGCUAGGCUGCAACUGCAUAAAGUUUGA